UGGGGCAGCAGCACCGGGGCAGGGGCAGAACCAUCCUCUGAACGCCUGGAACUGCUCUGGGACAGAGGCCGAACCCCUGAGGACCCCUGGAACUGCUCUGGGACACAGGGAUUGCAUCCAGCACAACGCCCAAGGUGCUGGCAGCAAUGGGAUCGCUCUGCUUGAGGUGGACCCAGUACAGCCCCCUGGGCCGCAGGAUGGCCGGCACGCGCUUCGUGGCCUUCAAGGUGCCCCUGAGGAAGAGCUUCGAGCAGAACCUGCUGCCAGAGCAGAGGUUUUCCCCCCGGGACCUCCUCAGGAAGGUGCAGGAGAGGCAGGAGGAGCUGGGGCUGAUCAUCGACCUCACCUACACCACGCGCUACUACAGCAGGCAGGAUCUGCCCCGCGCCAUGCGCUACUGCAAGAUCCUGACCAGGGGCCACGAGAUCCCCAACAGGAAAAGCUUCCAGAGGUUCAGGUCCCUGGUGAGGAGGUUCCUGAUGGCCAACAGGGACAACGACAAACUCAUCGGGGUGCACUGCACACACGGCCUGAACAGGACUGGCUACCUGGUCUGCAGGUACCUGAUUGAGGUUGAAGGCAUGGAGCCCAAUGCUGCCAUAGAAUUGUUCAACACGUCCCGAGGGCACCCCAUGGAGAGACCCAACUACAUCCAGGACCUGCAGAGGAGAGCCCCGAGCAGCUGUGAGCUGAGGGAUCUGGGCUCAGGUGUGAGCAAGGAGAGCAGUGCCCCAGCAAAGGCCCAGAAGCACCCCCAGCCCCCCCUGGCAGUGCCCAGGAGCAGCAGCAGUGCCAGGCAGAGGCAGGAAGAGCAGAAAAAUCUGGAGCAGAGGAAGCAGAAAAAGCAGAAUCAUCAGGAGAGAGAACAUCAGGAAGAGAGGAAACAGAAAAAGCAGAAUCAUCUGGAGAUGGAGCAUCAGGAGCAGAGGAAGCAGAAAAAGCAGAAUCAUCAGGAGCAGAAACAUCUGGAGAUGGAGCAUCUGGAGAUGGAGCAUCAGGAAGAGAGGAAACAGAAAAAGCUGGAGCAUCUGCAGCCAGAACAAUUGGAGGAAAGGAAGCAGAAUCAUCAGGAGCAGAGGGAGCAGAAAAAGCUGAAACAUCAGGAGCAGAACCACGUGGAGAUGGAGCAUCAGGAGCAGAGGAAGCAGAAAAAGCUGGAGCAGAGGAAGCAGAAAAAAAAGGAGGAUGGGGAGCAGGAGCAUCUGGAGGUGGAACGUGUGGAGGAGAGGAAGCAGAAAAAGCUGAAACAUCAGGAGCAGAAUCACCUGGAGCAGAAGAAACAGAAAAAGCAGAAUCAUCUGGAGCUGGAACAUCUGGAAAUGGAGCAUCAGGAGCAGAAAAAGCAGAAGAAUCUGGAACAGAAUAAUCUGGAAAUGGAGCAGAGGGAGCAGAGGGAGCAGAAUCAUCUGGAACAAAGGAAGCAGAAGAAGCUGAAACACCUGGAGCUGGGGCAUCAGAAGCAAAAGAAGCAGAAACAGCAGGAACAGAAUCAUGUGGAGCUGGAACAUCUGGAAAUGGAGCAUCAGGAGCAGAAGGAGCAGAAUCAUCUGGAGAUGGAGCACCAGGAGAGGAGGAAGCAGAAAAAGCAGAAGCAUCUGGAACAGAAUCUGGAGCAGGAGCAUCGUGAGCAGAGGAAGCAGAAAAAGCUGAAACAUCUGGAGAUGGAGCAUCAGGAGCAGAGGAAACAGAAGGAGCAGAAUCAGGAGCAGAGGAAGAAAAAAAAGCUGAAACAUCAGGAGCAGAACCAUCUGGAAAUAGAGCAUCAGGAGCAGAGGAAGCAGAAAAAACUGGAAUGUCAGGAGCAGAAUCAUCUGGAGAUGGAGCAUCUAGAGCUGAAGAAGCAGGAAAAGCUGGAACAUCUGGAGAUGGAACAUCAGGAGCAGAGGAAGCAGAAAAAACUGGAACAUCAGGAGAUGGAGCAUCAGGAGAAAAGGAAGCAGAAGGAGCAGAAUCACCUGGAGCAGAGGAAGCAAAAAAAGCAGAAACGUCAGGAACAGAAUCAUCUGGAGAUGGAGCAUCAGGAGCAGAGGAAGCAGAAAAAUCUGGAGCUCCAGGAGCAGGAGCAUCUUGAGCAGAAGAAGCAGAAGAAGCUGAAACAUCAGGAGCAGAGGAAAGAGAAGAAACAGAAACAUCUGGAGCAGAAUGAUCUGGAGAUGGAGCACCAGGAGCAGAGGAAGCAGAAAAAGCUGGACAAGAGACAGCAGAGGAAACAGAAUCAGCAGGAGCAGAAGAAGCAGAAUUCUCUGGAGCAGAAUUCUCUGGGACAGAACUUUUUGGACCACAAUAAUCAGGAGCAGGAGGCCCUGGAGCUGCCCUGCCCUGAGCCCCCCAGGAACUGCUGCCUGUCCCCACCCCCCAAGAAGAAAAAGAAGCAGCAGCAGCAGGAGCUGUGUCACCAGCAGGACCUGUCCUGACACAGCCCCACCAGGAGAGCCCUCCAGGGCUGCUUUAAUCUCAUUUUAAUCUCGUUUUAAUCUCAUUUUAAUCUCGUUUUUAACCUGGUUUCUCUCACUGCCCACAGCUCUGGUGCUUUUCCACCAGGAGAGCCCUGCAGGAGCAGCAGGAGCUGCCAGGCAGCACUUUUCAAACAAUCAAGGCUGGUUUUUGAUCUGGUUUUUCUCACAGCUCCGGUGUUUUUACAGGAAUUUUUCGUCGGUGCUGUGAGUGCUCCAUGAUCAUUCCAUGAUAUUCUGGAAUGAUCCUAAAGGAACUUCCUCAGGUGCCCCUGGGCCUUCAACAAAACGGGAUUUUGUUGAUUUCCUCAGGGCAAGGAACGGGACUGACCAUGAAAACUCUGAUUUUUAUUCUCUUUUUUACCCAGUUUUGCUAUAAUGGGUAAAUCAGCAACAUUUUUUUACCAGAGUAUAAGAUUUUUACUUUUGCUAAAGUAAAUUUCCACGCUGUGCAAACUCCA